UAAUAUUGAUAGUCAAUAAACCCUAUUUUUCCGUUUUCUUUGUUUCCUUCAUCAAAGAAACCAACUUAAAAAAGCUAACACAAUGAACCGUACAGUGAAAGUGGUGCAAGAGUUGAAGCCUCCAUUGCUGAUGAUGCUGGUGCAGGUUGCAUAUGCUGGAAAUACUGUCAUUGCUAGCCUCGCCAUAACUGAUGGAAUGAGCAUUAAAGUAUUCAGUGCCUACCGUCACAUUUGGGGAGCUGCUAUCACUGUUAUUCUUGCUUUUAUUUUCGAAAGAAAGAACAGACCAAAGUUGACAUGGAGGGUGCUCGUGAUGACAUUUUUUUGCGGAUUAUUUGGAGGGAGUUUAUUCCAGAAUCUUUUUUUCACCGCGGUAGCGCUGGUAUCAGCAACAUAUGCUAACGCUAUUCUAAACAUGAUUCCUGUGGUCACCUUCAUCCUCUCCUUCCUUUGCGGCUACGAAAAGUUAAAUUUGCAUACCGCAGCAGGGAAAGCUAAGGUGAUGGGAACGAUAAUUGGAGUUAGCGGGUCAAUGAUGCUGUCAUUCUUGAAAGGGGUAGAAAUAAAUAUUUGGAAGAAUAUUGACAUUAAUCUUAUGCAUAAAAAACACAACACUCAGAUAAUAGCAUCAGAUGGAAAAGAGUGGAUUGGUGUUCUAUGUGGUAUUGGAUGUUGCUUCAGUUUUUCACUAUGGCUCAUCAUUCAGGCUAAGCUGAGUAAGGAAUAUCCAAGGCACCACUCAAGUACAUCGUUAAUGAAUUCAAUGGCGGCACUACAAGCCACACUCUUUGCCCUUUGUUUUGAAAAAGAUUGGAAUCAAUGGAAGUUACCUUCAGCUAUUAGGAUUUUGUCCGCACUCUAUUCGGGAAUUGCGGUGACCGUAUUUGUGAAUAUUGUAACUUCAUGGUGUGUACGGAAGAGAGGUCCACUAUAUGCAUCUGUGUUCAACCCCCUUGCCCUUGUGAUCGUGGCUCCUACUGCUUCCCUCUUGUUACAAAAUAAACUAUACCUUGGAACUGUAGUUGGCGCAGCGCUAAUUGUGUGUGGGUUGUACAUGGUGCUGUGGGGAAAAAGCAAAGAAAUGAAACCACCAACCGAUUUGGUGUCUUCGGAGACAGAAUUAAGAAGGACCGAGGUUGUUGUCGUGUCUGCCAACGAUAAGAAUGAGCAUGUUAGCAAUAACCAGGUGAAUAGUAUAAAAGCAACACUGUAACCGAAGGCUCUUUAAUGAAUCUUUGGAAAUGGUGAUCAUUGAAUGAAUGACAUUGAAAAUAAUUGUGGGAAGGAAUUGAUGUAGGAACGCAUGGACAGUACCUCACCAACGUUUUUUUUUUUUUUUUGUUAAAUAAAUGUAUAGUUUCAGAUGUAGUUAUGAUGCAGUCUCUCAUGUUUCUCUACCUUGCACAACACCGUGUUGUUAUAGUUAUAGCUUAUAGAAAUAUAUGGAACAAAGACAUAUUUUUAUUUUGGUGUGAUGGACCGAUCUUUGCAUGAAUUAUAUUAAAUAGUUAGUAAGCAAUAUAC